AGCAGGAGGGACGGGGCAGGGGGGCGGGCGGGCUGGCUGGCGGGCUUCCUCCUCUUCCUGCUCUCGGCCAGGCGACACCGGACGUCGCCACUUUUGUGCCUGGGGCUCUCUGCGGCCGCGGAUGUUGCCCUCGCCGAAGCCUGCUGCGACAAGAGGAGUCGGCUCCCCUCCCCCGCCGUUCUCAGCGCCAGACAGCCAAGGGCACGCGGGCCUUGCAGCAGCCCAGCCUCCCAGUGCCUUGGAGUGAGCCUUGGGGGAAGAGAGGGGAGCCGCCCGCCGUGCCUGGUCCUGGACCCGUUCGAGAGGCUGCCGGGUAACGAACUCCAACCAACCAAAACAUUGGAGGGUGGAAAAGAUUAGACUUCUGGUGACUAAAAGAUGUGCCAUGGAAUGGUAGCGACAAAGUGCACCACGACUUCACUGCUUACCUUGUUCAGUCAUGGGUUAUUUUUUCCAUUGGUCAUCUUCAGUACUCCAGGGGUGGAAGGACUGGUCUCAUCUUGUUCACAGCCACCGGAGCCAGAGAAUGGGGGUUAUAUAUGCCAUCCAACAUCCUGCAAAGACCCACUGACAUCUGGCAGUGUCAUAGAGUAUGUGUGCGAAGAAGGUUUCAUGCUGAAAGGAGACUACAAAUACCUGACCUGCAAGGAUGGAAAGUGGGACCCAGUCAUGGAGGUGACUUGUAGGCUCAGCCAAGAUAAAGAUUCCCCUCCAAGUAUAGGAGUGCCCACUCUAUCCAUAGUGGCUUCCACAGCAAGCUCAGUGGCCCUCAUCCUCCUUCUAAUUGUACUGUUCGUUUUGCUGCAGCCAAAGUUGAAGUCUUUUCAUCACAGCAGGCGUGAUCAAGGUGUUUCUGGGGACCAGGUUUCCAUCGUGGUAGAUGGCGUUCAGGUGGCUUUGCCAUCCUAUGAAGAAGCUGUUUACGGCAGUACUGGGAACUUCAUCCCUCCCUCAGAUUCACGAGUACAGAUUGUCCUGUCAGAGGGAGCUGGACAGAGUGAAACAAGGGAGAUGCAACAGCCAACACCGGACCAAGUGGAUCGUAGCUGCUUUGCUGGGGGGGAUGAAGUCCCUGGACACUCUGGACUAUGUGAAGCGGGCAGUUCUCACCAUUCAGAGGCUGUUCUAGUGCAUCAAGCCACCUCCUCCUCCUGGGUAGCUGGUAUGUCUACUAGUAGAUCCGGGCACAAAGAAGCUCCAGACUCAGAAAGCAGUGAUGUGCAAAGCCUUCUAUCACUCACUUCCUCAGAGGACUACACAGAUGAUAUUCCAUUGUUGAAAGAAGCCUGAGGUCUGCUGCAUUUAUCUAGCCUUUUCUCUCCAUUUCUCCUCGCCUCCUUGGGAUGGUGAGCACUCAGUGCUAGCUUCCCCCACUCUCCCGUGCUAUGCUCCGAAAACCUCCAAGCAAACACUCCUUAGCUGAAGAUCCAAAGGAUGCCACCAGGAUGCCUCCUCGAUGCACCAGUGGGGGUGUGUGCAGGGUGCCAGCCUUCCUCCUCCCCAGUUCCAUCCGCCGCAAAGGAAGGGGCGGGGUUCAGUGACUUGAGUGCCUGCUGCCUCUCCCUGUCCUCAGCCAGAUGUUUGCGUGGUCUCUGGAGAGCUGCUAUUUACUUGUGCCUUGCUCCUUCUCACACCGGCUUGUUGCAGCUUCUCACAGGCCUUACCAGCUUCUGAACUUCUGCCCAGAAAAGCAGAGGCCAAAAAUUGCUUGCUGUGUUGGGUGCGGAUAGUGUCCUUCCAUUUAUCUUAUAGAAAGCAAGAUGGAACUCCUGUGGAUGGACUGAGAGGGAAGGGAGCCCAGAGGGGGAGUCUCACACACACACACACACAAACACACACACACACACACACUCACACUCUAGUUCUGGAGGUCUUUCAGAAUUGUGUACCUACCAUAUAAUAUAGCUGCACAUCAACAUGUUAGGCAUCCUGGGCUUGGUUAAAAGGCAAUCACAACUGGCCAACUUAAGGGGGGGAGCCCCUUACUGACAAACUUAGGCUGCUACUUUUUCUUUAUUUCCUAAUGAGAUGAGACUAGAGCAUCCUUGCUGGAAUGAAAAUACCUGUACCUCUGCAAGUUUCCUUUUUUAAAAAAGUGCUUUGUUCAUCCAUGAAAACUCUGGGGCUGUCUCAAUGUACAGAACUUGGAGCAAUUUAUCCUGCAUAAAAUAUAGGAGCACCUGUGUAAGUAAGCUCAUGUGGAGAACAGAAUGAGUGCCCGUCUCUUAGAAGAGCCUCCCCAUCAGCAAUACUGUGGCAGAACCCUAGCUAAUCCAAAGCCUUCCAUCUUCCCACUCGUGUAGAGUCCCGUGAGUGCACUAUGCUGCUGUGUGAGUUACAUUCACUGCUAUAACUGCACCUUUUGCUUCGACCCACCAUAAUGGGAAAGUCAUUUCACACCAUUACUUCUGUUGUUGCUUCUCAUAUAUGUGGAGGCAAUGCCAGGGCUUUUGAGGGUUUUUUCCAGUUUGGGUUUUUGUGUCUCCAUAUUCUAUUAGAAAGCAAGUCAACAAGAAAAAAGAUCUUGUGUGCUUGCAACUGGUGUGCCUGAUUGCCUUGAAUAAAUUAGCUAUAGUCUGCCUUAAUAAUUUGGAAUGGAAAGAGCCAUGCUGCUGCCUUGUCUGAUGAAAGACCCACCUCACUCCCCUUUUUGCAUUGCAUGCUGAUUCCACUUCCCUAUGCAGGGAGCAUGUUCGCUGACCAUCUUCUCUUCUGACACAAACAUGCUGUGCUCUUCUUCAUCUGGCCUCGGUGGACAAAUCAGUGCAGAUUCUAGUGGUAUUCAGGAUUAUGAAUUCUCAGACUUCCUGAAUUGACUUUUAUGGCACCUGUAACCCUAUCUAGCUCUUUGUGGCAUGGCUGAGGUAGUCCUAAAGGACAGGAUGCAGUGUCCAAAUACCUAGCAAUGGAAUGUAACUUCAUUCCAGUUGACACACCACUCUUCAUUUGCAUUUCUCAUUCAGAUGGGAUGGUUCAUAAAUUGUUGUGGUACAUUAACAUCCUUGAAAUUAUAUUUGGGAAGCUGAAUCUGUAAUAUAGAUUUUCUACCACUAGGCAGUUAUUAGCACAACCCAUCUAUGUUCCAUGUCGUUGGGAAUUCCUGGACAACUUAAACAUUAGUCAGAUCUAUGAAGCCAUUCACUUUGACUUGGGCCCUAAUUCUGGAAUUGGUAUAUCAGCUGAACUGCUUGAAGAGUGGUUGGCAUGGCAUAGUGGUGAGCAUGUCAGACUAGGGCCUGGGAUUGACUGGAUUUGAAUACCCGCUCUGCCAUGGAAGCUGACUA